AUGGUCUUAAGUUCUUCUAAACGUGUGAUACGGCCACCAAGGUACUUCCUUUUAGAUGAAGAUGAAAGUUUUUUCCGGGCAAAAGUAUCCAAGAUUGAACCCAAAAUAAUCUCGGAUGUCGAUGAUGGAAUGUGUUGGCAAUGCUGGCAAUGUACUGCUCGCUUUCCCUCAAACGAUGGACUUAUUCAACACAUUGAAUUAUGCCCUUGUUCCAAAAUAGAGCCCAUUGGCGGUGAUCUUCGCGGAUGUCCGUUUUGUCCAAGAAGUGGCAAUCAUACGCUCACUCAGCCAUUUCAAAAUCGUGAUUUUAAUUAUCACCUUCAAUGUGACCAUCCUAAUGUUGCCUCGCUAUCUUGUCCAUAUUGUCUAAAAAUGUUUCCAUCUCGAAUUGAGGCUUUAGCCUCUCAUAUUAUUUUGGACCAUCAGGUACACUGGUGGCCCACUCCAGCUUCAUUGGGCUACUUGCGAUUUGACGAAGUCCCACAUCGUGUAGUCACUUGUCUUGGAUGUAAUUGGUGCACCUUCGUAUUGCGCGCCAACUGCUCUGUAUCCCCACCUGCCUCAAUGCAAGCCCAUAUGGGCCGGUGUAUCUAUCAGGGUGGACAGGUUGUCCUGACACGAUUUUCUGAGAGCACACUUUUUAUACUUGGAACUCCUGGGCGUGCAAGGGAUCAGCUCAUUCGCCAGCUCACUCGAGAAUCUGUGGGGAAAGAACAGCUAUUUUCAAGCCUUUACCCUUACACAAGAAAUGUGGAUAGGUCUCAGUCAUCCCCAGGAUUUAUGGACGAAAGUCCGGAGAGGAAUGGCGAAUCUCCUCACUUUGACGGAGCCUCACCAAAUAUUUUGAUUAACGAGCAACCAAAUACUUCUACAACUUCCCCAAUGACGUCAUCGAACCCUGAAAUAAAGCAGGUCGAGACUCUCACCCCUGCACCUAAUAAAAAUCUCCCACAAGAUAUUAUUGCGACCUCUAAACCGAUCAUACCUACUCCAAUCAUAUUUGACGUGCCUCUAGAUCUACCUCCUCCGCCAAGAGGCCUCAAACGUUCUGCUGGUCAUCCAAAUAAAGUAUUUGUCUGUCCCAUAUGUGGAGACAAGUCACUUUUAGGGAGUCUCCGAGAGCGCGAUGAGCAUCUUCAAGCCGAGCAUAAUGGCGAACUAUGCUUUCCAUGUCAGCUUUGUGGUCUGGCUUAUCCUUUGUACAUUGCUUUGCGUCGCCAUGCUGUCCUCAGACAUCAUUCUGACUUUGAUAGUGUCCUCUAUGGUCGUGACGAUUUGUUAGAUUGUGAACCAGUCGAUUGCCCCCACUGCCAACUAGUUGCUUUUACAGACCCAAAUGUGUUGCACCUCCAUCUUUAUCGAGUUCAUCGUCUCCAAGUCACUGUAGAGGGAACGAUCGGUUAG